CAGUAUUGCGUCAAGUUUCCUUCAGUGCACCGCGGUACCGACGCGGAUCUGGCUGGUUAAUUCGCACCGAAUCGCGGAGAAAAAGAUUAUCGCAUUCUGUGACGGUAGGUCCACAAGUACGCUAUAAAUGUCAGAGUGACAAUAAACAUUAACCUAGUUUACGCGAUGUUUUCAUGGGAAGCUAUGGAAACGGAGUGCUGCUGGAAAUUACACCUGUUAUUAACAAUAAUUGGAGUUUUUGGUUUGGGCGUGGAAAAUGUGACUGCGGCUAAAGUCUGCAAUCACUUGUACCCGAAACAUGACGAAGUUAUGCACACGCAAAUCGAACCGUUUCAUGUUAUGAAAAAAAGGAGCGCGGAUCAACCUCUGAGGAUACUUUUGAGGUACGACGACAGCGUUCACAGACUGGACGACGAAAGAUUCAUUCUGAUAAAUAACACGAUUCUACCUGAGGCUGUGCAAUUUUGGGAGAAGGCACUGUACGUGAGGAGGGUUGAGAAUGUAAUCAGACUAACGAGAAAGUGUCAGGAUACUCAAAUAUUCGUCAAAGACGGGGUUACUUAUUGCAUUGGGCAAUGUAAGGAAAAAACGACUUGUGGGGAAGUUGAAGUUCCGGAGGAACAUUUGGAGGCGUGUAGGGUUUGUAAUUUUGUGGGGAAAGACUGUCAUGUUGUAGAAGGGUCCCCCCAGGGGCCUGGUGUGAGGGACGCCGAUUUUAUCUUCUAUAUUUCUGCCAUGCAAACUGAGAGAUGUAACAAACCCCUAACGGUGGCCUACGCGGCCCACUGUCAACAGGAAACCGCCCUGGACAGGCCGAUAGCCGGUCACGCGAACCUAUGCCCGGAUAGCAUCAGUACCAAGAGGCAGGAUCUGGAGAUAUUGCUGUCCACGGUUAAGCACGAAAUACUCCACGCUCUCGGCUUCUCGAUGAGCCUAUUUGCCUUCUACAGAGACCCAGACGGCACUCCCUACACGCCCAGGAACAACGACACCGGCAAACCUUUCCUCAACGAAAAAUUGCAGACUUACCAGUGGAGCGAUAAAGUCAUCAAAACGUUCGUGAGGAAGAACUGGUUGGUGAAAUCGGGCGUCAUGCCUAGACCGGUGGAUAUGAUGGUAACACCAAACGUGGUCAGGGAAGUGAGGAACUACUUCAACUGCUCCCAGUUAGAAGGCGCCGAACUAGAAGACCAGGGUGAGGACGGUACGGUGUUGACGCAUUGGGAGAAGAGGGUCUUCGAAAACGAAGCCAUGACAGGUACCCACACCCAGAACCCAAUAAUCUCAAGGAUAACCUUGGCUCUGAUGGAAGACACCGGUUGGUACACGGCCAAUUAUUCGCAAGCCGGUGAAAUGACAUGGGGAAAAGGUUUAGGCUGCGAUUUCGUGAUGAGGAGCUGCAAGGAAUGGAUAUCGAUGAAGGCUGAUAGGGGGAUGUCCAUACAUCCCUUCUGCAACAAGGUGAAGCGAGAUCCGCUGCAAACGGAAUGCACGGACGACAGAACCUCUGUCGCCCUUUGUAACCUGAUCAGACACGAGCAGAUCCUGCCGAAGAUCUACCAGAAUUUCGACCAGAUCAAAUACGUCGAAUCUGGGGAGGAGGGCUAUUACGGAGGUUCCGUGGCGUUAGCCGAUUACUGCCCCUACAUACAGGAGUUCACUUGGAAGGCCAAGAACGUGGUUGUGAGGGGUUCCCACUGUCAGUUCGUGGAGAACAACCCCAAGCCCGAGAAGAAUUUCGCUCUGGAACGAUACGGUAACAUGUCUCUGUGCUUCGAGCAUUCUGGUCAUAUGUGGGAGGAACGGUCGUGUAAGCAGAUGAGGCAGUGGCAGCAUUGGGGUUCCGGCUGCUAUGGUUACAGGUGCGAGAACGGGAGACUCCAUAUACUUGUCGGCAACUACACCUAUACCUGCUACCACGCAAAUCAAGAGAUACAUAUCAAGAUCAUAAGCAACGAGUGGCUGCACAAAGGACGUAUAGUUUGCCCCCCAUGCAGGGAGAUCUGCGCCUCUCAGUUCACCGAGAGGGGUGAAACUUGCAAAAUAGGGGACGAACCGCCACCUGCAAACUUUUAUCCCAGGGACGAAUUGGAGUGUUCGGCCGUCAGAAUGAGGUUCGAAUUGUUCGCCGUUCAUCUUGUCUUUUACUUCUUUAGAUGGGCCAGUUAACGUUGUCAGAUGAACGUGUAAAAAGCUGCCACGUGUAUUGGUUGAAUACGUGGUGGCUUUUUUGCUUGAUGGACACGUUAGAGCAGUAUUAUCGGGGAUUAUUCAAUAAUCUUCUGAACAAAAAUCGAAGAUCGAAAAAAUUCACGAAUGAAUUGGAUCAUUAACUUCCGGCAGUUUUCUGAAUUCGUAAUUACUUCCUUUAAAACCAGUGCCUUCUACAUUCCUCCUGUAGCGUUUUAAAUGAGUUUAAUGAACCAACAGUUGAAAAAAAAAAGACGUGCACGAUACCUGAACUGAGUAUGAAUCUCGGACAAUCAAUAAAACAUUCCAAUCUAUGA